AUGUGUCUUGAUGUUUCUGCUGUAGAUGGGCUAUACUUUGAGGGUAACUGCAGUUAUCAGGAUCUUUUUAAAUACUUGAACCUGACAAAGAACAAUGACCUGUACACCAUGGUCCGACCAGUUAAACACUACAAAGUUACUACAUGGGUUGACCUCAAAAUGGUGAUCUAUGGCAUCCUGGAUGUGAGGGAGAUCGACCAGGCUUUGGUUCUUUACGUCUGGAUUUAUAUGAGAUGGAACAAUUACCACAUUAGGUGGCAUCCAGAUAUGUUCUGUGGCCUUAAUCAUGUAUUAUUUCCUACUGAAGUUAUGUGGAAGCCAGAUCUAAUUGUUGAAGAGAUGACAGAGAAGGACAAGGCCCCUCCAAGUCCUUAUCUCAGUGUUACAUAUCAGGGUUGGGUCGAAUAUAGGAAUGAUCAGGUGCUGGUCAGCACCUGCAGGAUGCAUGUUUACAAAUUCCCCUUUGACAUUCAGAGCUGCAACCUCUCCUUCAAGUCUGCUUUACACUGUGAUGACGAAAUAAAAUUUAAAGCCAUCCUAAAUGCUUCAAAGAUCGCAGACUGGUCUUGUGAAGUGAUGCAGAACCAGUACGAGUGGCUGUUCAUCAACAUGACUGUCCGAAACAAAACUGUCAACACUUUUGGCUACAACCAAAGCAUGAUCGUUUAUACAAUCACAAUGAAGAGGCGGUCUGUUCUCUACAUUGCCAACUUCAUACUACCCAUCCUGUUCUUCUUCUGUCUGGACUUGGCCUCCUUCCUGAUCUCGGACACUGGUGGUGAAAAACUCAGCUUCAAGGUCACUGUGCUGCUUGCUGUCACUGUGAUGCAGCUUAUUCUCAAUGACAUUUUGCCUUCCUCUUCAGACAGGAUUCCACUUAUAGCGGCCUACUGUAUUGGAAUAUUUAGUUUGAUGCUGCUGAGCCUCCUGGAGACAAUUUUGGUGAUGUAUCUGAUAGAGAAGGACUCUGAAUCCAAAGACAAUGAGGAAGAUGAAGACCAAAGGCUGAGUGAGGAAUGUGGAGACAAACAGGGCAAAGCCAACAUACAUAAAUAUGAUAGAGGAGGGAAGAAAUGGACGCACUGUGCUUGUGUCUGUGAUGUGUCUGCUGAUGAGCCUCCAUCUGAACUGCUGUCUGUGACCAAAGAGGGAAGCAGCAGCCAACUGACAGAGGAGUCCAAUGCCUUGGAGAAGGUCUCAGAUGAGCUGAGGGCGUUGGAGAAAACACUCACUCUGGUUCAUAAAUGCAGGAUGGAAAAAGGGAAGCCCUGCUACUGGACCGGAGUGGCUAAAACAAUCAACAAAGUUUUCUGUAUUUUCUACAUCACAAUGGUCUGGACCAAAGAAAACAAUGACCCAUUGUUGCUCAAUACCGACUACUGA